AUGAUUAAAAGAUCAGACAUAAAUUCAGUAGCAAUUAAUGAAAUAGUUCAUAAAGUAAAAAUAAAGAUAAAUGAAAGUGUAGAGGAAUUAAGAAACAGUUGUAUUGAGUUAAAUUUAUUAAAUGUUAAAAACCAUAAGACAUUUAAUGAUGAAGAGAUACGCCUAAGAAAAAGUAUUGAACGAAACAAGAUUGAAAUUAAUAAUUUAGAGAAAUUAAAGUUAGAUAUUGAUAAAGACAAAGAAGAAGUAGAGAUUUUAUUAAAAGAAAGUGAGAAUGAAAACAUUUCUCUAAAAAAUCAACACAAAGAAGUACAAUUCACUGGCAAUUUAUUAAAUGAAAGAUUUAAUGAAUUAGAAGAGGCAAAAAAAUCAAUAGAAAACAAACUUAAUUGUGUUUCUAAUAAUUUUAAUGAGUCAUUGCAUUAUCAGAAAGUAUUGGCUGAUAAGUAUAAAAAAUACUUAGGAUUGACAAUUUACAAAAUCAAAGAAAAUACUCUUAAAUUCUCAUUCCAACAUCUAAAGAUGCCUUGUUAUAUAAUAAUGUCUUUUGUAAAUGACCCACUAAUUAUUGAAUCAGAACCUAAAGUUGACUUAAACUACUUAAACAAUGUAUUUGUAACAGAAAAGAAGAUUGUAAAGUUUUUAAAAUUGGUAAGAUCUGAAUUUAUAAAAAGUUUAAAAUAA